AAUGAAACAAAACAAACGUGUCUUCACGUUGUUAUUCGACCCAAUCCCGAAGGCUCUUACAAGCUCCCACGUCCGUCGUCACUAAUAAUCCAUCUAUAAAUACUCUAGCCGUUAAUUCAAUCAGCACCCCAAGUGUUCGACGAAAUGCCUACCAAAGCGGCCUUCUUCCUCCUCCUCCUCGCGUUGGCGGUGGCCGCGGUGACAGCCUCCUCGUCCACGUACAACUCCACGAAGAAGGUGGUGGCGGUCGCCGAAGGUUUGGUCUACUGCCAGAAGUGCAAGUACGCGGGCACCUGGAACCUGCACGGCGCCCGGCCCUUGGCGGGCGCCAAGGUGACCAUCACCUGCAGGACCCCCCACCGAAGGGUCGUCUUCCACCGCGCCGUCUCCACCGACAGAAACGGAUACUUCUACUCCUCGUUCGAAGGCGGACGCGGGGGCCACUUCGACCCCGUCAAGGCCUGCGUGGUGCGGCUGCUGGCCUCGCGGGAGGCGACGUGCAACAAGUUGACUAACGUCAACUACGGGAUCGAAGGCGCGGCGGUGCGGUGUGAGAACAAGACGUUCGCGGGGAGGGAAUACGUGAAGGAUUUCUAUGCGGCCGGACCGCUAGCGUUCAGGCCUGUUCGCUGCGCCCCGAGGUACUAGCGAAUAGCGAUCGAGGAGGCGUGAAGAUACAUUAAUGUCGAUAUGUUCAAUUUGCGAUGUGUUGUGGGGAGAAUUGAGUGCAUCAUCGAUAUGUUGUUCAAUUUGCUAUUUUGUUUCUGGUGUUUCGCUGAGUCCAUGUUUGUAAUUG